CGUAACACCUUUCAUCUUCCAUUCUCUUUCAAAACACUUGUCAACUCUCAGACAUUACAUUACCAUGCCCGCCAUCGCCGCUUCCGCCCCCGACUACGCUGGUUACGCCUACGCUUCCCUGCUCGCCCUCGGCGGUCUCGCUGGAGGUCUUCGAAAGGGCUCUGUCAUCUCUGCCGUUGCUGGAGCUGGCUCGGGCGUGGCAGCUGCUUACGGUGCGAGCCGAGUAUCCAAGAACAGUUUCGACGCCUAUCCCUCUCUGAUCGUUUCCUCCCUACUUCUCGCGCUCAUGUCAUGGAGGCUCUUCAAGACUGGAAAAUUCAUGCCCGCCGGGCUUGUGGUGCUUCUGUCCUUGGUGAUGACGGUGCGAUACUAUACUUUUCUGCCAUGAUCGUCAACGCUUUGAACAUCAAAAUUUCCAGAAGAUGUAAGAUCUACGUGCGUACAAAGAGCCUGC